AUGGCAAUGGAGACUUCUUCGAGCUUCACAGCUCGAAGACAAGCAACACAGGCGUUGCCCCCUUUUCAUCUUCCGUCGACGAACCAAGAUAUACCGAGUAUGAGUAGACAUUCUCAUCAGUACCCCUUCAGCUUUCACAAUCAGCCUCUGCAGUCGCCAUCAUCGUGGCAAGCCCCCGCGAUGGCUACGCCGUCGGCUCCCUCCUCUUCCUCCGCUGCCUCAAAUACUCAACAUUCUCCUCUAACCGCCAGCUCUGGUCUAACAUCGCCUUCAGGAGUGCCAGGUGAAGGGCUUAGCCCGCUCUCUUCCGGUGUCAAUACCACGAGCUCCCAGAGCUCCUACUAUCCUGGAGGAAACGGCCACGGAUCAUGGCCUACGCCCUCGAGUUCAUACCAGCUUAGCUCUGGGACGCCUCAGGGGCUCGUCCAGACUUCUCAGUAUGCCUCCCGCGGAAGCACCUACGAUCAGCAAUCCCCAAUGUCCUACUCUCGCACUUCGCAAUCACCCGCAACCGGCGAGGGUCCUCCUCCACCACCGUACGGGCAAACACAUCAGUCCUUUCAGGCUUAUUCUCACGGAGGAGCGGGAUCUACACCAGCCAGUUUGCCGUCUCAGGGCCCACCAAUGCCUCAGGGUGGCAUUCUUGGAUCUCACGGCGCUGUCUCGACGCAACCUCCAACGCCCGGCGGUCUGCAUUCCCACAUUGAUUCCUACCAAUCUCGACCACCAGCGACUCCCGGCUACUACUCGACAUCCUCUGCCCCCCAGCAGCCGUUUAAUAGCUACCAACAGUCCCACACCUCGCCCACCGCUCCCUCUCCGACAACUUCAGCGGGCCCCGGGAGAGGACUUGCCGCCCUCCAACACCCUUCCGCGAUGGCACCUCCUGGCUCUUACCGCUAUUCUGGUUAUCAUGUCCCAUCGAUGGGAGGACCGAUCAUGUCCAAUCUUACUUCUCCCGGGCACCAAAUGUCACUCGUCACCGGUAUGGGCGUCCCCGGCGGUUAUGGAGCACACCAUCUUGCACCAUCAAUGUACGGCCACACCCACGGGGGGCAGCCCAACCCACAAGCCGAACGGCCUUUCAAGUGUGACCAGUGCCCACAGUCUUUCAACCGAAACCACGAUCUGAAGAGACACAAGAGAAUUCACCUCGCAGUCAAGCCCUUCCCCUGCAACUUUUGCGACAAGAGCUUCUCUCGCAAGGACGCCUUGAAGAGACAUCGUCUAGUCAAGGGGUGUGGUUCCAAGGAGGGUGAUGGUCAAAACGAGAACGGGCGACGCUCCUCGCAAGAUCACUCUGACGACGGAACUCCUCCACUCAAGCGAGAGUAG